GGCUCGAUGGUUGCGCCCGCCCUACCCCGGAAUGUGGGCCUUUGGAGCGAGCGAAGUGGGAGGGAUCGAGGCAGGAGGUGUCCUGGGCCCGUGCGGCGGCGGAGGCGGUGGCGCCUACGGGCAGUGGGAGGAGCCGUGCGGUUCCGGCUCCUCGGGCGAGGGGACCCUUGGGUCGGCGCUGCGGGGCGAGGUGGGCAGGUAGGUGGGCGGACGGUCGCAGCUCUCGGACAGGCGCGGGCGGCUGAGUCCCCCACGGCGUCCGGAGCGCCCCUCCGCCCCCCGGCCUCCAGCGUUGAGGCGGGGGAGUGAGGAGAUGCCGACCCAGAGGGACACCAGCACCAUGUCCCACACGGUCGCAGGCGGCGGCAGCGGGGACCAUUCCCACCAGGUCCGGGUGAAAGCGUACUACCGCGGGGAUAUCAUGAUAACACAUUUUGAACCUUCCAUCUCCUUUGAGGGCCUUUGCAAUGAGGUUCGAGACAUGUGUUCUUUUGACAAUGAACAGCUCUUCACCAUGAAAUGGAUAGAUGAGGAAGGAGACCCGUGUACAGUGUCAUCUCAGUUGGAGUUAGAAGAAGCCUUUAGACUUUAUGAACUAAACAAGGAUUCUGAACUCUUGAUUCAUGUGUUCCCUUGUGUACCAGAACGUCCUGGGAUGCCUUGUCCAGGAGAAGAUAAAUCCAUCUACCGUAGAGGUGCACGCCGCUGGAGAAAGCUUUAUUGUGCCAAUGGCCACACUUUCCAAGCCAAGCGUUUCAACAGGCGUGCUCACUGUGCCAUCUGCACAGACCGAAUAUGGGGACUUGGACGCCAAGGAUAUAAGUGCAUCAACUGCAAACUCCUGGUUCAUAAGAAGUGCCAUAAACUCGUCACAAUUGAAUGUGGGCGGCAUUCUUUGCCACCGGAGCCAAUGAUGCCCAUGGAUCAGUCAUCCAUGCAUUCUGACCAUGCACAGACAGUAAUUCCAUAUAAUCCUUCAAGUCAUGAGAGUUUGGAUCAAGUUGGUGAAGAAAAAGAGGCAAUGAACACCAGGGAAAGUGGCAAAGCUUCAUCCAGUCUAGGUCUUCAGGAUUUUGAUUUGCUCCGGGUAAUAGGAAGAGGAAGUUAUGCCAAAGUACUGUUGGUUCGAUUAAAAAAAACAGAUCGUAUUUAUGCAAUGAAAGUUGUGAAGAAAGAACUUGUUAAUGAUGAUGAGGAUAUUGAUUGGGUACAGACAGAAAAGCAUGUGUUUGAGCAGGCAUCCAAUCAUCCGUUUCUUGUUGGACUCCAUUCUUGCUUUCAGACAGAAAGCAGAUUGUUCUUUGUUAUAGAGUAUGUAAAUGGAGGAGACCUAAUGUUUCAUAUGCAGCGACAAAGAAAACUUCCUGAAGAACAUGCCAGAUUUUACUCUGCAGAAAUCAGUCUAGCAUUAAAUUAUCUUCAUGAGCGAGGGAUAAUUUAUAGAGAUUUGAAAUUGGACAAUGUGUUACUGGACUCCGAAGGGCACAUUAAACUCACUGACUAUGGCAUGUGUAAGGAAGGAUUACGGCCAGGAGAUACAACCAGCACUUUCUGUGGUACUCCUAAUUACAUUGCUCCUGAAAUUUUAAGAGGAGAAGAUUAUGGUUUCAGUGUUGACUGGUGGGCUCUUGGAGUGCUAAUGUUUGAGAUGAUGGCAGGAAGGUCUCCAUUUGAUAUUGUUGGGAGCUCUGAUAACCCUGACCAGAACACAGAGGAUUACCUCUUCCAAGUUAUUUUGGAAAAACAAAUUCGCAUACCACGGUCUCUGUCUGUAAAAGCUGCAAGUGUUCUGAAGAGUUUUCUUAACAAGGACCCAAAAGAACGAUUGGGUUGUCAUCCUCAAACAGGAUUUGCUGAUAUUCAGGGACACCCAUUCUUCCGAAAUGUUGAUUGGGAUAUGAUGGAGCAAAAGCAGGUGGUACCUCCCUUUAAACCAAACAUUUCUGGGGAAUUUGGUUUGGACAACUUUGAUUCUCAGUUUACUAAUGAACCUGUCCAGCUCACUCCAGAUGAUGACGACAUUGUGAGGAAGAUUGAUCAGUCUGAAUUUGAAGGUUUUGAGUAUAUCAAUCCUCUUUUGAUGUCUGCAGAAGAAUGUGUCUGAUCCUCAUUUUUCAACCACAUAUUCUACUCAUGUUGCCAUUUAAUGCAUGGAUAACUUUGCUACCAGCCUGGAUACAAUUAACCGUUUUACAUUUGCCACCUACAAAAAAAAACACUCAGUGUCUUCUCUCAUAGAGUAUAUGAAUCAAUUACAUCUGUUUUACUAUGAAGAAAAUUAAAACUAGCUUUCAGACAAUCAUGUCAAAAUUUAGUUGAACUGGUUUUUCAGUUUUUAAAAGGCCUACAGAUAAGUAAUGAAAUCUUUUUUUUUUUUUUUUUAAAAAAAAAAAAAGAAAAAGAAAACCACUGCAUUUAAAACUAAAGGAUCUGUUGCAUUAAGGCACAUAGUGGGAUCACAUCAUAAACCUCCCAUGAUUUUUUGUCAUUCUGUGUUAAGUCAUUUCCGGGAUUAAUUUUGAAAUAAAUUAUUAAUAUAAAAUGCAACAACUUUUUUAUUACCUAUUACUUUUGGAGUUCUUUAUGUUUAAAAAUUCAGGUGUAAACUUUAACAAGUACUGCUUUGCCUUGGAUAAAUAAUCAAUUUUUUAAGGCAGCAGUUAUUAAAUUGGUAAUAGAAUAUGCUGCUUGCUUAGAAUUGGGAAAUUCAGCUGGGUGCAGUGGCUCAUGCCUGUAAUCUCAGCACUUUGAGAGGCUGAGGCAGGCGGAUCACUUGAGGUCAGGAGCUCAAGACUGGCCUGGCCAACAUGGUGAAAUCCUGUCUCUACUAAAAAUACAAAAAUUAGCUGGGCAUGGUGGCACAUGCUUGUAUUCCCAGCUACCCAGGAGGCUGAAGCAGGAAAAUCACUUGAACCCAGGAGAUGGAAUUUGCAGUGAGCCAAGAUUAAUUACUCCAGCCUGGGCGACAGAGUGAGUGAGAUUUGGUCUCAAAAAAAAAAGAAUUGGGAAAUUCUUGAAUUAAAAAACAGACACUUUUUAUUAUGAAUCAGAUUCCAAAUCAUUAACUGUUUUUGCAAAACUGGCACAAGUAAUUUUUUUUUCUUUUUUUUUUAAUAUAUUAAUGGGAUAGCUCCUGAACCUGUCCCUUUAUUGAAAACAUUAACUGGAAUGUUAAUAUAUAUACUGCAAAAGACCAAGGAUGCAGUUGAAUGGAAAAUUACUCAGUAUAUAGAAAGGAAAAAAACCAGAAGUUUAAAAUAGAUACAGAAAAGUACAGUGGUAAUAUUUUUAUUUCCUAUUGGAGAGUGAAUCCCCACAGUUGCUUUUUGUGACUUGAUUUAAAAGAGGUACUUACUCAUUAUCAUUACUGAACUUGUAAGAGCAUUCCAUGUAUUCAGUGGAGGCAGAAUGUAUAAUAUUUUUUCCUUAUAAUUUAGUUUAUAGGCCGGGCGCGGUGGCUCAAGCCUAUAAUCCCAGCACUUUGGGAGGCUGAGGCGGGUGGAUCACGAGGUCAAGAGAUCGAGACCAUCCUGGUCAAUGAAGUGAAACCCCGUCUCUACUAAAAAUACAAAAAAAAAUUAUCUGGGCAUGGUGGCACGUGCCUGUAAUCCCAGCUACUCGGGAGGGUGAGGCAGGAGAAUUGCUUGAACCCAGAAGGCGGAGGUUGCAGCGAGCCGAGAUUGUGCCAUUGCACUCCAGUCUGGGUAACAACAGUGAAACUCCAUCUCAAAAAAAAAAAAAAAACUUAGUUUAUAGGAAAAUUAUUUAUUUUUUAAGUAGGGUAUCUUAAUUAUGCUCAUUUCUUCCCCUAAACCACAUUGUCUAUAUGAUUGGACCCUGUUUUAUAGAGUAUUUGUGAAAUCAGAAAAGUAGGCAUGAAUAAAUGUUCAGGACACAUAUAUACACUCACACACAUCACAGUUUCAGCUCUUUAAGUGAGUUUGUAUUAACUGGUAACACAUGUAACACAGAAUACAUUUCAGAGGCCGAGUUCUUCGGAUUAUUUUUUAUUAAUAUUAGUGUUUAGCAGUUUAUUAUUUAAAGGGGUGCCAAAUAUUGCAUCCUUGUGUUGUUUAUUUUAAAUAUUUUUUUAAUGAAAAGGGACUUAACCAUGAUCAUCUAAAUUACUUAAAAUUUUUUAAUCUUAGUAAAGCUUAAUUUUAGGAAAGUUACCUAGUUUAAAUUUCAAAUGUUUUAAAAUUUGUAGGCAUUUAAUAAAUUAUCUUUUCUUGGGGCGGUGGAUGCUACAUUUCACUGGAAAUGUCAUUUUUCCAAAGUUUCCAGCUAUGUACUCUCUUUCCUUCAAAUAACUUAAGUCUGCAAGCAAUGAAAACCUCAAAGGAAAAGGUUCAUAUGCGUCCACAUUGACUUAAUAUUUCAGGUUUCUCUGAACACCUGAGACUUGUUUUAAGACAAAAAGCAGUCUUCACUUCAAAUCCUAAACUUGGAAUUCUGUAUUUCAUGUCAGAAAUAUGUUUAUGAUCCUGCUUUUAAGUGGUGCUGUUUCCCAUAGGGCAUUACUUCGCGCAUUUUGGAAUGUUUGUUUAAAAUGCACACUAGGGGGCUCACCUUAGGCUUCUUUGGAGCUUUCAAUCUCACGUUGAGAAACACCUCCUUCAGGUUCCUCUGCCUUUGUCCUGUGGUUAAUAUUAGAGUAUUCAUGAUAAAACACGUUGAGAAGGGGUAAGCAGUUUACCCCACAAUUUAAAGCAAAUUUUGAAUGAAUAACUUUAAGUUAGGUAUCUGCCUCCCAGCCCCGCCCCCCCAAAAUUCCUCUCAGUAGUUUCUAUUAAUAAUGUACAAAAUGAUGCGCAUUUUUCUAUCAUGAGGUUCUAACCAUUGUUCAGGGUGGUCUUUUGUUUUUAAAUCUUUUUUUAACAUAAGAUUUAUGGUGUAUAUUUUAUACAGAAGUGCAUUAUAAAUGUUUUUAAUUGUGUCCUGUUUUUUGCAGUCUGUAAGUGCCAUUCCAGUUGUUUUUGUAUUCUAUAGAAGUUCACUCAAAGUACUCAACAGGGGAAUAGGCGGUAGACAGUCAGAAUGGUUGGAAUGUUGGUGUUCUGAGAAAAACUAUUUUGCAUAAGCAUGGGGUCGGAUCAUUUUGUGCAUAUGCAGCCAGGAUUGGAUGUUAAAUCAAUGCUUGUUCCGUGCCGGUACAUUUACUUUAUAAAUCUGUUUUUAUUUUUGUCAUGUGGAAUACUACUGUGGUCAUCAUAAUGUAAUCUGCAUUUCUGUACCUUUUUUUUCCUUUGCAGUCUUUAAAUAAAUGGAUAAUGCCUAUCAA